CCUUGCUUCCAUCUCCCCGAUGGAAUGCAGCGGCAGCGACGGUGGCGAGUGGGUCUGGGUGCGACUUCCAACGCAGGCUGAGGCCGCAGAGCAACAGAAAUCACCGUCGGCAGCAGCGACAGAGGUCGAGGACGAGGAGCGGGCGCUGAAGGUGGUGUUCGCGUCGCCGGCAGAGUACUUCACGGACGCGGCACCCAUCGGGAACGGCAGCCUCGGUGGCAUGGUCUGGGGCGGCGUCGCCACCGAGAAGCUCCAGCUCAACCAUGACACCCUAUGGACCGGUGCACCAGGGAACUAUACUGACUCGGAGGCGCCGGCUGCUCUCGCGGUGGUGAGGGAACUUGUCAACCAAGGGCGAUUCGCUGAUGCCACUGAGGCGGCCACGCACCUCUUCGGCGGCCAAUCAGAAGUCUACCAACCUCUCGGUGACAUAAAUCUGGAGUUUGGUGCUUCCAAUCAGGCUUAUGAUUCCUACAAAAGGGAGUUAGAUUUACAUACCGCUACUGUGCUUACCACCUACAACAUCGGAGAGGUGCGGUACAUGAGGGAGCACUUCUGCUCAAAUCCGCAUCAAGUCAUCGUUACCAUGAUCUCUGCAAACAUACCGGGACAGGUCUCCUGCACAAUGUCUUUGAGCAGCCAGUUAAAAAAUAAUGUCACUGUGACCAAUGCUAAUGAGUUGGUCAUGGAAGGUAUCUGUCCAAGUCAGAGGCCUAGUCUGAGAAAAGGUAACUCUAAUGAUGUAACUGGAAUUAAGUUUGCAGCCGUUCUUGGAUUGCAGAUUGGUGGGAACACUGCAAAAGCGACAGUUGUGAAUGAUCAGCAAUUGAGGCUUGACAACGCAGAUUGGGUUGUCUUAGUUGUUGCAGCUUCUUCGUCCUUUAACGGUCCAUUUGUGAAUCCGGCUGACUCUGCAUUAGAUCCCACAUCAAUAGCUCUAAAUACAUUGAACCUCACUAGGAACUUAACAUAUGACCAGCUCAAAGCUGCCCAUUUGGAUGAUUAUCAGCACCUCUUUUACCGUCUUACCAUACAGCUUUCACGAGGAUUGAAGGACACACAUAGUUUGCUAACUGAAAAGGAGAGACCUAAUGAAGAAGUUGGUGUAGAAAUCAGAACAUCAGCAGACAGGGUCAAGAGUUUUAGCAUUGAUGAGGAUCCUUCUCUGGUUGAGCUGUUGUUCCAAUAUGGGCGAUACCUUUUCAUUUCAUGCUCCAGGCCAGGGACCCAGGUUUCCAAUCUGCAAGGAAUAUGGAACCAAGAUGUUGAUCCUGCAUGGGAUGCAGCUCCUCAUCUUAACAUCAAUCUUCAGAUGAAUUACUGGCCAGCGCUGCCUUGCAACCUUAGUGAAUGCCAGGAACCAUUAUUUGACUUCCUUGCAUCUCUUGCAGUUAAUGGUAGCAAGACAGCAAAAGUCAAUUACCAGUCAAGUGGGUGGGUAACGCAUCAUGUCACAGAUAUAUGGGCAAAGUCUUCGGCCUUCCUUAAGAAUCCGAAGCAUGCAGUGUGGCCAAUGGGAGGUGCAUGGUUAUGCACACAUCUGUGGGAGCACUACCAGUUUUCACUGGAUAAAGACUUUUUGGAGAAUAAGGCAUAUCCAUUGCUGGAAGGUUGCGCCACCUUUCUGGUUGACUGGUUGAUUGAAGGACAAGGAGGUUAUCUUGAAACAAAUCCCUCAACAUCUCCAGAGCAUGCUUUUCUAACUCCAGAUGGUCAGCCAGCAAGUGUGAGCUACUCAACAACAAUGGACAUCUUGAUCAUUAGGGAGGUUUUCUCGGCUGUCCUUCUAUCUGCAGAGGUCUUAGGGAAAUCUGAUACUGAUUUGGUGAAGAACAUCAAGAAAGCACUCCCAAGGCUCCCUCCCAUACAGAUUGCAAGAGAUCGUACUAUCAUGGAGUGGGCUCUAGAUUUCCAGGAUCCAGAAGUCCAUCAUAGGCACUUGUCACAUCUCUUUGGAAUUUACCCUGGACAUACUAUAACCUUGGAGAAAAACGCUGAUGUUUGUGAAGCUGCAGCGAAUAGCCUUUAUAAAAGAGGUGAAGAUGGUCCAGGAUGGUCGACAACAUGGAAGAUGGCCCUAUGGGCACGCCUUUUCAACAGUGAGAACGCAUACAGAAUGGUCCUAAAAUUGAUCACUUUGGUUCCUCCUGGUGAAAAGGUUGACUUCGAAGGAGGACUGUACAACAAUCUGUGGACAGCACACCCACCAUUCCAGAUCGAUGCAAAUUUUGGAUUCACAGCUGCUAUUGCUGAGAUGCUGCUUCAGAGCACACAGAAUGAUCUGUACCUGCUCCCUGCCCUGCCACGCGAUAAGUGGCCCAGAGGCUGUGUCAAGGGGCUCAGGGCUCGGGGUGAUGUGACUGUCAACAUAUGCUGGGAUGAAGGGGAGCUUCAGGAAGCAUUAUUAUGGUCAAACCAUGGAAAUUCAGUCACAAGGCUGCACUAUGGUGGACUGGUUACUGCCAUCGCAGUUUGCAGCAGCACUGUUUACAAGUUCAACAGAGGAUUGGAGUGCUUAGAGGCUUGGCCCCUUGGCAAGUAAUUGCCUCGUCUGUUUUCACAGGAAUCAAAUGAAAAAAUAUGUGAAGAGUAGUGCAACAUGUUGCAUUACAUCAGAACAGUAUGCAGUUAUUCAAUUCAGGUUCAAGACAUCACAA